AUGAAUAGCGUCGGCAUCUUCUUCAUCGUGUUCCUGGUGCUGCUGGUUGUUGCAGCUGCCGGAUGGGUAAUCUUCAGUCAGCUCCGCGCAAGACGGUUAGGUGUACCAUUGCGCGAGCGAUCGCAUGACAAUUUAUCACCUGGUCGCCACUGCAGAUCAUCCCCGGGCUCUACUAACUCGGUGUCAAUACAGCUACCCGCUCCCACCAUCAGCUCCUACAACCCCUUCACCCGUGCCGAUUCAUCUCCCUACGGCGCACCGACUCCAGCGCCCGGUGGCAUCCGCGGCUGGUUCAACGACAAGAUCCGCUCGCGCAACAAUCGCUCUGCGGUUGGCGCAUACGAGCAACCUCUGCAAUCGACCGACUACUCCCACGGCCGUCGCGGCUUCGGUCCCCUCGACCCUGACGAGGCCUGGGAUACGCGUGUUGGUACGGAGGCAGAUGCUUACGCUGGCUACUACGAGGAGCAGGAGCUCGGCAAUGCUCUUGGAGGAAGAGGAAACCCGUACAACGGCAGCGAUUACCCGAUGAACCUGGCUGCGACACCUGGCACGGCACACGAGGGCUACGGCGGCGAUCAGCACGAAGAGAGGGGCCGUUCGCGUUCGCGGGGCCGGAGUCCGGUGCCUGGAGCAAGCGGCCUCGGUGUGCCCGGCAAGGGCGUCAACCAAAACCCGUUCGACGACGAUGCAGAACCAGCCAACACCACUUUGAAGGGCGUUAGUCCGCGACCAAUCAACACGGCUUCUGCGGUGAAGGCAGGUGGCACCAGACCGACGAGCGAUAGUCCGUCGGAGAGGCGUUCCAUGUUCAGGGAGGAUGUGUAG